UAAUAAAGGUACCAAAGAAAAAAACGGUACAUAAACUUCCGGUUUGUGCUACUUCAUUUUCAUCCGUAUCCGGCGUUGCUACCAAAUGAAAAUAGGGAAACACUGAGGCGAGAAAAGCUUGUUUUUAAUCGGUGUUUGGCCCAAAAUGGCGGUGGCCAUGAGUUCAACGUGUCCAGGCCUGUACUGUGGCAGGGUGAUGGUCAACGGAUCAGUGGAGGGAGAUUGUGGUGUCUGUCCUCGUGGAGAGCGGACCAACCUCCAGAAGGUGUGUGAACGCUGCACGGAGUCCCCUGAGCUCUAUGACUGGCUCUAUCUGGGCUUCAUGGCCAUGCUGCCACUGGUGCUGCACUGGUUCUUCAUCGAGUGGUACUCCGGAAAGAAGAGUUCCAGUGCUCUGCUGCAGCACAUCACAGCCAUGUUGGAGUGCAGUGUGUCAGCAGUGGUCACUUUGCUGGUCACAGAACCGGUGGGGCUGCUCAGUCUCCAUUCCUGUCGAGUCCAGAUGCUGUCAGACUGGUACACCAUGCUGUACAACCCCAGUCCAGACUACGUGAACACAUUACACUGCACCCAAGAGGCCGUCUACCCACUCUACACCAUCGUGUUAAUCUACUAUGCGUUCUGCUUGGUGCUGAUGAUGCUGCUGCGGCCUCUGUUGGUGAAGAAGAUAGCAUGCGGCCUGGGCAAAUCUGAUCGCUUCAAGAGCAUCUAUGCUGCUCUGUACUUCUUCCCCAUCCUCACUGUGCUGCAGGCUGUAGGAGGAGGGCUGCUCUACUAUGCGUUUCCAUACAUCAUACUGGUCCUGUCUCUGGUCACGCUGGCUGUUUACAUGUCUGCUUCUGAGAUACAGUCUUUUAAGAAUUUGGUCGCCAAGAAGAAGCGUCUAGUCGUCCUGUUCAGCCACUGGCUGCUCCACGCGUACGGCAUCAUCUCUAUCUCCCGACUGGACAAGCUGGAACAGGACCUGCCUCUGCUGGCCUUGGUUCCCGGGCCCGCGCUGUUCUACAUCGCCACAGCCAAGUUCACUGAGCCCAGCCGUAUCUUAUCUGAGGGCGGCAGUGGACACUGAGCUCAUUUUCACACUAAUCCAACAUGUCGUGGUCACAACCUCAUCAUGUUCCGGCAGUGAGCCGGCGGUACAUUUUCAGCAGUGUGUUGGGGAAUGAUGUGCUGUGUUUGAAUGGGGGUUCAGUUUCAGACACGGCCAUAGUGAUGACAUCACAAAGUGUUCAGUGUGUCUGGGAAUAUUUUUGUUGCUUUGGGAAACAACUUCAUGAUCAAAUCGCGACUCUCUUGGCAUGGGAGAUUCACAGAGGCCUGGUCUGUGCCGCUCAUAUGUUACCGUCACAGUGGAGUCAAACAGCUGGCCGUCCAUUUUUCUGAAAGAGAAGUCCCGGGUAACAUUUGAAAAAUCCAGUCCUGAAAGUAUUUCACAAUCCUGCUAAACUGCAUGAGAAAAAUAUUCAGUUUGCUAAAUGAUAAAACAAGUUUUAACCUGACGGUGGGUUGCUCUGUUUCCUGACCAAAAUCAAGAUCGGAGCUGGAAGUGAGCUGAUCUCGCUUGAUUCGUACAUAACACUAAUUUGAAUACUUUUAUCAUCAUCUGUCUGUUUGCCUGUGUCGGUGUCACACUAGUUUUUUUUUUUUAUUAUUAUUUUAACACCCAGUGAUGCAAUGGAUGGGAAAUGGACUCAACCUUUUCAUGUUGCAGCAGACAGAAUCCAUUUCUCAUCCGGAUGGUUCGGAGGAAUCGGGGAUUCCGGAAAAUGCUUUCAGAACUGUAGCAGCUGUUAAAACUUUGUGGAUGUUUCGGUGACAUUUAUGAAAGAUUCUUUCCCCGCUAAAAUAAAAUAAGUGAGAGUCACACACACUUGGGUUAUAGAUGAGAGGAAAUCUGUAAAAUACUGCUGCGUAGUUUAUAGGACUCAGUUGAAUCUAAAGAUGAAAUACGCUGAGACGACCAGUCUGUUACGUUGGCGCUCGUGCUGUUCUGUCCUUUGUCCUGAAUCAAGCCGUAGUCCUUGAAAUGGCCUGUGCACUUGUUGAGUUGAAGCUGCUAAUGUAUAUAAUGUAUGUAAUAUUAUUGUAAAUAGUGUUUACAUGUUCAGUAGGCUUUGCUCCAUGCACACAAGCCCAAGCAACAAACAUCUGCGUCACUAUGCUGUUUGUAAAGUUCAGUGUCGCUCUUUAACACUACAUGUUCCCUAUGUGUUAUUGACUGUGUGUGGUGAACCAUGUCGGCAUGAGCUCACGCAUCAAGUAUUUAUGAGUCUCUUUAACGUCGUGUGUUGUGCGCUUCCUGAGGCAAAGAGCGUGCUAAUGUCCCUGUGAACAGGAGACAUUCACUGACUCAUGUUAACCUCGCCCAGCUCUGUCCAACACAAUACACAGAGCACAAACGACCACGCCCGGAGCCUGUUUCCAGAAGCAGCUGAGUGAAAGCAUGAACGUGUCUGUAAACCCGCCGCUCAAAACUAAUGGAUGCUUUUGCUUGUUUAAAUCCAAUCCGUCGUGAAAUAAUUCGCUACAGCGCGGACCUAACGUUUUCUGAGAUCAUUCUAAAUGUCGUUUGUCAUGUUCGGUCUGUUGUAAGACAUUUAAUAUGCUGUCAGUCAGUGAGAUUUUCAUUCUGAGCGCGCUUUCUAAACAGUUUCCCACCCACCUCCUCCUCUUCCUUAUUUUCUUUAUACUUCUGAUUAUUCUGUCGAUAUAAACUGAAGAAAUAAAGAACUUUUACUUGCCACAUGA